AUGGUCUUUUACUUCACAUCCAACGUUGUCGAUCCCCCUGCCUUUAUCUACGUGGGCAAGGACAAGUUCGAGAAUGAGGAUCUGAUCAAGUUUGGCUGGGAAGAGGAUUUUCACGUCGACAAGCUCUCUAGCGCGCACAUCUACCUGCGCCUACGGGAAGGCGACACUUGGGACAACAUCCCCCAGGAGCUGCUGACCGACCUGGCCCAGCUGACCAAGGCCAACUCGAUUGAGGGCAACAAGAAAGACAACAUCACCAUCAUCUACACCCCCUGGUCCAACCUCAAGAAGGAUGGCAGCAUGGCCGUCGGCCAGGUCAGCUUCAAGGACCACAAGAAGGUCAAGAGGAUACUCGUCGCCCAGCGCGAGAACCCCAUCGUCAACCGCCUCAACAAGACCAAGGUCGAAAAGUACCCCGACCUGAAGCAGGAGAAGGAGGAUCAUCUGCGGGAGUUGCGCAAGAAGGACCAGGCCGCCCAGCUGGCGAGGAAAAAAGAGGAGGCCCGCAUCGCCAAGGAGCGCCAGGAGAAGAAGUGGCAGAAGGACCACGCCUACGACGACCUCUUCACCGAGGAGAACAUGGAGGCCACCAGCAACCAGAACCGCGACGAGAACUGGGAGGAUGACUUCAUGUAGCCCGCUACGCUCGCCGUGCGAGAUCAAGGCAAUUAAGCCAGCGUGAACCUCACCCCCACUCUCACUGUGUCUCUUACUUACCCGGCCCCGGCCCUCCAAUCCCGCUCCCCAUCUGGUUCACGUUCGUCCCUUUGAUCAUGUGAUCCCCCGGGUUCGCCGCCGCCUCGUAGAUGAUACUCGCCGGCGCCCGGCCGAGCUGCAUCCACUCGCCCUUGAACCCAAUAUACGAGAUGCGCGUGACGUCCUCUUCGCCGUCGCCAAAGUUGUCCGGGAAGAAGAGCGUCAGCCGGCGGACCGCGUUGAACCGCGCCCGGCGCUGUCUCAGUCAGCCAGACCCAGGCAUACGGUCAAGGUGAGGGGCGGAGAGAGCUGGACAAGACAUACCACAGGCAGCUCCUGCACCUCGGCCGUGCGGCUCAGCUCAAACUCCUGCGUCCCGCUCGUCUCCUCAGC